UGUGUGUCUAAAAGCCUGUUAGAGAGGGAGAGGAGGACGCAUAAGCAAGCUGGUUUGACCAGAAACAGAACUGCCUGUGACAGAUUAAGAGACAAGCAAGGCUUGGAAUCUGAGAGCAAGCAGAGUGGAAAUUUACAGCUGCUCUAUGUGAGUGUUCAAGUGAUCAUUUUCUACUAACCUUUUCCGGUGGUAACUGUUACUCUUCAAAGAGGGACAGAAAGUCAAGACGGAAUUGUGGAAACUUCUCGGUCACGCUUUGGUAAUAGGAGGCAACCUCUGUUAAAUGGAAGAUAAAGGAUCCUCGUCUGAAGUGCUUUGAGCUCCAGAAAGAGCUGUCUUCAGCACCUCACCAUGUGUCUACUUUUUGUUGCUUAGACAAUCCUGGGCGUUUCUCUAGCAUUUGCAUUCCAUAUUGGAAGAAGAGAUUUUUAUACCUGAAAAAAGAUGCCUUUGUUUAGUAAAUCACAUAAGAAUCCAGCAGAAAUUGUGAAAAUUCUGAAAGACAACAUGGCCAUUUUGGAAAAGCAAGACAAAAAGACAGACAAGGCUUCAGAAGAAGUGUCGAAGUCACUGCAAGCCAUGAAAGAAAUUCUGUGUGGUACAAAUGACAAGGAACCCCCAACAGAAGCAGUGGCUCAGCUCGCACAGGAGCUGUACAACAGUGGGCUGCUGGUGACCCUGAUAGCUGACCUGCAGCUGAUCGACUUUGAGGGAAAAAAAGAUGUGACCCAGAUAUUUAACAACAUCCUGAGAAGACAGAUCGGUACUCGGAGCCCUACCGUGGAGUACAUCAGUGCUCAUCCUCACAUCCUGUUCAUGCUCCUCAGAGGAUAUGAAGCCCCACAAAUUGCCUUGCGUUGUGGGAUUAUGCUGAGAGAAUGCAUUCGACAUGAACCACUUGCCAAAAUCAUCCUCUUUUCCAAUCAAUUCAGAGAUUUUUUUAAGUACGUGGAGUUGUCAACAUUUGAUAUUGCCUCAGACGCCUUUGCUACUUUUAAGGAUUUACUAACCAGACAUAAAGUAUUGGUAGCAGACUUCUUAGAACAAAAUUAUGACACAAUUUUUGAAGACUAUGAGAAAUUGCUUCAGUCUGAGAAUUAUGUGACUAAGAGACAAUCCUUAAAGUUGCUGGGUGAGCUCAUCCUGGACCGCCACAACUUUGCCAUUAUGACCAAGUACAUCAGCAAGCCAGAGAACCUGAAGCUGAUGAUGAACCUUCUCCGAGACAAAAGUCCCAACAUCCAGUUUGAAGCCUUUCAUGUCUUUAAGGUGUUUGUGGCCAGUCCUCACAAAACACAGCCUAUUGUGGAGAUUCUAUUAAAAAAUCAACCCAAGCUCAUUGAGUUUCUGAGCAGCUUCCAGAAGGAGAGGACAGACGAUGAGCAGUUCAGUGACGAGAAGAACUACCUGAUUAAACAGAUCCGCGACUUGAAGAGGGCUGCCCCCUGAAGAGCCCGGGCCGCCACCGCCGUGUCAUCUCCCUGUCCGGGUCAUCGGGUCACAUCGUUCCGGGGAAGGCUGUGGAGGUGCCUCUUUUUUCUCAAUUAAUUGUUCAGGGUAGAUGGAGCAUAAGCGUUGGAAUGGAAACCAUUAACCUAGAAUAAUAUAUUCAUUCUAAUCAAGUCUGUGAUCAGAGCCAUUCUGUUAGACGGUGAUAAAAUGUGAUUUUAACUUGCAGGGCCGAGCCCUGGGUCACCACAGCCACCAAGUCAUGGCACUGCUGCGUCCUCAGGGGAGGGCUGAGGGGUGCGAAUCCCCUCAGCCUGUCUGCACUCACACAGACCUCUUUAGGCACUAAGAGAUCCCAGUAGCCAAGGUGAACGUUGUCGGUCAUUAUCAUCCUCUUGCGGCCUGCCUGACGUGGUCUGACGGUAGCGAAUGGUCCCUGACUUCCUGUGGAGCUCAGCCCCGAAGCUGUUCACUGUGCCACCUUCCCUCCCAGCGGUCCCCUGAGCACACCCUUCACGUGGCACCUGCACACCCCCUGCAGCUGGGUUAGCCUGGAAGCAACCCGGGAGCACCAGGAGGGCCAACAAGCUCCCCAGGCACAGAGGACUGCAGGGGUGCCUUGCUCACUCGCUGGAGAGCGGCACGCAGAGCCCCUGCCGGUGCGCCCCAGCCUCUGGAGCGCGCGGCGAGGGCCGCACAUUUCCCUCCUAGCUGCCCUUAUGGAGAGCGCUGUGUGGGGCUGCAGCAUUCUGCCAGGGAGUCCCUGUGCUGCCACGCCCGGCCAGCUGGCACCCCGGGGCCAGAGGGUUGCCAUGGUGAACUCUCCUCCACAGGGAGACCUCACCCCUUCGAGCUCAGUGCUCGAAAACAAUGCGCGGGUGACUGAAAAUCACUCUUCAGUUCAUUUUCUAGUAAGUUGUCAUUCCACAGUCAUCCGUGGAAAUCUUCACUGAAAAGGUAGAAAACCUGUGUACAGUUUUGGUCCCAGAUACUCUCUUGCAGGGUGGAUUGAUUAAGGAGUUAGUUGAGCUUCUUAAGGCAUAGAACCAAAAAAUGUAAAAGGCCAUGGUUUAUUUUCAGAAGGCACCCAGUGUGUAAAAUGGGAUUUAAAGCUCUAUUUACAAGACAUGAAAGGUCCAGUUGCUGUGCAUAGUUUUCAGGAGUUCCUGCCGCCCACGGAAAGCAUCGCUAAUUUUUACAAUUCUUGAGGGCUGUGUUCUUUUUCUUCAGCCAGAAAUUCCUCUGCGCAGAGCCGGGAAGAGAAAUGUGGUCCCCGGGAUCAGUGCUCUGACCUGAGGAAUGAGCUGGCAGCACAUCUGCCUCCUCCUGGGCUGGCGUCCACCCCGGGCACAGGUCCUGGGGCAGACGGUGGGGGUGGGGCCCACAGCGCCUCCCACAGGAGGGUCCCCAGCAGCUGGCCCCCGUGACCUGGAAAGUCACAUCCUCUUGAUGAUGUUCCCUGACAGCCCAGAGUCCCUUAGAACUGAUUAAAAGAGAUAAGUGUAGCUAUUUGAAAAGGAGGGUGAAACAGCCGUUGGGAAUGUAUUUGGUUGCUCAAUAGCGUUCCACACCUCCACGGGACACAUGUUUUCCACUGGAAAGCAAGGCCUUGUUAUAAUUCUCUUUUGAUUAAAACAAAAAUUCAUAUUUUAUUUCCUCUGGGCUUGAAUUAGCUCUUCCCUAGCAACCCUUUAUCCCAGCUCAAUACCUGUCAAACAGAAAACUGGAGUCUCCACAUGCAAUAAAUGAAGUAGCGGGGUCAUGUUGUGAUAGGAAUUUGUAAAUCAUUAACUCUGACGGGGGUGGGGGCAGCGGCAGGAAUUCACAGUCAAAAUAUGUUUGCACAAAGAUUGCUGUAAAUUGUGAGAAACUGAAUUUUGCAAAGGUCAUAUUUAAUAGGCUAUUUCAAAAGCACACCUUUAAAUAAAGACUGACUAAAUGAAAAGGUAGCC